AUGCCUUUAUUGAUAUUCUUGCUGUUGAACGGCCUACUCGGCUCGACGCUAGCCGGUGGGGUGAGCGGUGGAUACGCGGGCCCAGCUCCGGCCCUUCCACAAUACUCAGGCUCACCCCCAGUCGGUUUCCCACCUCCAGCUCCUCCACCCGGCCCACCACCCAGUCCACCAUAUGCUGCUGGAGCUGCUUUCCCACCGCAACAGGUAGCCGCGUCUCCCGUUGGCAGCAAUAUUGUCGGCGGCGCUCCGAUUCUCGGUGGUGCUCCGGUUGGUGAAGCUCCCGUUGGCGGAGCACCAAUCCAAAGCCAGGCAAUCGCCUCAGCUGGCCCCGACUUUAACCCGGCAUUGAUGGGCGGAAACAAGGGAUACCCGGGCCUUCGUGGUCGCAUCAAUCAACGAGCUUUCCAAUACGCGUCGUCGAUGAUCGGCAAUCUCCUCAACUCGGAGAUUCAAAAAGCUCGCUUGCCGCCGAUCAGUCAAUGCAUUCCGCAAGUGAAUGGCUGUCUUCAAGUCUACAAUCUUUAUGUUUCGCGGUAUCGUUGCCCACAACGAAUCGCUCUCUAUCCAGCACCGCCAAAUCGAAUUGUUGUCGCUGUUGAGAAUCUCGAUAUCGGAGUCACCGGAAAUCUUGGCGGUCAAAUCGUCAUCCUUCUCCCGAUUGCCCUUUUUGGUAUCGUUCAGGCGAAUCUCCAUCAAGUCUCCAUCUACGUUGAUCUCACCAUUGGAAGAACGGCGACCGGAGCUCCAUCGAUCCAAGUGGGCAGCUGCAAUGUGCAAAUCGGCUACGCGGAUGUUUACAUUCAAAAUGGAGGACUCGUCGGCGACAUUGCGAACAGUCAAUUCAGGGGUCGUAUCUCAUCGAUGGUGAAAGAGAUGGCACCGAGCAAGAUCUGCGCCCAAUUGCCCUCGAUCGUCAACGAAAAGUUGAAUGGACGGCUGGGAGGCCUUCCACAAACGAUUGCCCUCACCCAAAUGGCCUCUUUGUUCGGCAGCGCGCUUGGACUUGGCGGUGGCGCGCAAAGCACCGCUCCUUCAGCUGAAUAUUGCACGAGCUCUUGCGGAAAGAGCGCCUCAGCGUUGACCUCUUCAGCUCCAUCAGCUCCAUCGCUUUCAAGUUCCUCAUCGAUCGUCGGCGGUGCCCCGCUUGAGGGCUACAAUGACGCCGCUGGAGCCGCAGCUCAAGCACCAGCCCGCAAAGCCGUCCGUGCCAUCCCCAUCUACCAGACACAAGCGCACCAUCAGCAACCCCAGCGCCAUCAACUCAAACACCACCGCCGUACACAAAGAAGCGUCAACUUUGCGCCAAACUCGACCAUUGACAGCCUGGACCCAGCAGCUCUGGCCAUCGAGCGAGCGGCGAUCAUUCGAUCUUUCGAGGCAGCUCUCGACUUUGUCGGAGCACCAAAAGACCCUCGAACUCCUGUGAAACAAGCGCUGAACGAGGUGCGAAGGGUGAAGAGACAGACUGUGUCUCGGCUUCGACCAGCUCCACCAGCCGUCUACCAUGCUAUUGCACCUGUUUACAGGAAGUCAAGAGGCUCAGCUACUGGAUCGUAUUCCCCAGGAUCGGGUCCAUUAGUUCCACCCCCACCACCAGUGCAGGGAGCCCCAGCCCCAUCACUUGCCCCUCCACCAGCUGAUAUGUGCUCCCAAUGUCCGGCUGCUGAUGCGGCUGGUGAUCCGGCAAAUCUCUUGAAGCAAUUGGCGUCACACUUGGAUUUGAAUCGCCUCAGCGAUAUGUACCUUUCAACUCAAUUGAUGAACACUUAUGCUACAAAUUGUGAUUUCACUAUCGAUCUCGUUGGAGAGUUCUCUCCAUAUGGACAGGGCGGUACCCCAUUCGGUCCAUUCCCCACGCAAUUCCCUGGAACUUGUGAUGGACACAUGGCCGAGUUCAUCUUGACCGAUUACACUGUGAACUCGUUGUUCUACCAUAUGCAUAGAAAGGGCUUCAUCUCAUUCCGAAUCGGGCCAGAUACCCCGAAAUUCGGUGAACUUUUGAAGACAACUUGCUCGGAUGAUGAAGAUGAUGAAUUGGAAGAUCAUGGAGUUGAGCUUGACGAAGAGGACGAGGAACGGAAGAAGCGAAAGAGGAGGAGACACGCUAUUCAUGAUGUGAUUCACCACAUCGCUGCCCAUACCGUUUCAAAGAGAGCCCACAAGCACAUUAGAAGACACAAUGGAAAGAGAGGAAGAAGACAGGAUGAUGCUGGCGGUUUAGCCGAUUUGGGCAUCUGUUUCGGUGACAUUUUGCCGGCCGUCCGCGAGAAGUACCCCAAUCAGAAGAUCAGCAUUUUGAUUCACACAAUCCGGGCCCCGUCCGUCGUUUUGUCUGGAGCCGGCGGUGGAACGGCGAUCAUCGAUUUGGGAGCCGAUGCGGAUAUCUACAUUGAUGGAACGAAUAAUAAGGUUGGUACAAUCACGAUCAAUGCCGUUGUUCAAAUCACUGCACAAGUUGCCGGCAAUCGAAUCAGUGGACAUGCGGAAAUCACCCAGCUACAACUUAGGGACAAUGGUGGCACUCUUGGACUUCCACAAGAUGCCCUUGACAACCUUGGAAAUCUCGGAAAAGAGCUUUUGACAAAGCUUGCUAAUGACGCUUUGGGCAAAGGAGUGAACAUCAACUUGCCGAACACGGGAGCUCUGCCAUUCCAAGUGUUGAAUCCGCAGAUUCAGAUUGUCGAGCACGGUCUCUACGUGGCCACCGACAUUUCGAUCAACGCGGCGGCUCUUGGCCUAUCGGCUCCAAACUGUUGCCCGAGCUGU